AUGAGUGAUAAAUUAAAAGUAUUAAAAAAAUAAGGAUUGUUUGUUUUCUUAGAUAUUUUAAGACUUCACAGAAAGAAAUUGCCAAUAGAGUUGAGAUCUUUUGGCGAUGUGUAUGUUAAAUAGGAAUUCAGACAGCACUAAGAUGCAAAUAGCAGAUAAUAUGAAAUGUUCUUAGAGCAAUGGUAAUAUUAUUUAGCAGAUCUAAAAUCAAUGAAAGAUGUCAAACAAAUUGGAAAGAAAAUAUCUGAAGAAGAUAAAUUGUUGCUAAACGAUGACCAAAUGAAAACCUUAAGUCAAUUAGAAGAAGAAACUAAAAAAACUUUCAAAAAAGAAUGA